AUGGAUCAAGACACAGAUAUAUCAGAGAAGCCAGUGGAAGGCUCGUCCUUAAAGGUGCUGCCAGACCAGCCCAUAUCAACUGGUCUCGAAGGGAUUAUUUACAAGGCCGAAUACCACGGCGUUUUAGUUGUUGCAAAGAAAAUGACUAAACCUCUUUACUUAUGUAAGCAUGAAGCUGGUCUGAUCAAGAAAGCUGGCAAGAACAACGAAAACGUUUGCAAGGUGAUUGAUCUUCUAUAUGAGGAAGACGGUUCGUCGACAACGUUGAUAUUACCCUUUUAUCCCAACGGUGACCUUCUAUCGUUCCUCGUCAGGAUACGGAAGCAAAAACUGAGUGUUCCGCAGGUAUUGCGAGAUCUCAUUUUUAUGAAGGUAGUGAAUAUAAUAAACCUUUUGCAUGCCCAAAAUAUAGUUCAUAUGGACAUUAAACCAGAGAAUAUCCUGAUAGACGGCAACGGACAGUUGAUUCUGUGUGAUUUUGGGUUUGCUAGGGAUGUUUCCUUGGAAAAUUCAGACCACCCAAUCGUACAUUUGGGAACCAUAGUGGGCGAGGAACCAGAGAAUGCAAAAAAUGAACACAAGACGCAAGUAGUCGGGACAAAAUCGUUCAUGGCACCGGAAAUAUUCUCCUCAAAGAAGAAACCUUCUCCCCAAGCGAUGAAGAAAUACGACGUGUGGUCUCUGGGAAUUCUAUAUUUUGUUAUUGCUUUGACCUGUCAACCAUGGAACUCUGCGACACCGCAAGACCCUAUUUAUGAAGACUACUCUCUUUUCUACACCGACAAUAGACUCCACUCAAUCAAGUCAUCCGAUUUGAACAACAACUACAUACGGAAAGCUGCUUUGAAACCUUUCCGACAACUUCCAUACAAUCCACGUGAUUGCAUCUUGAAGUGUCUAAACCCUGACAACGCAACACGUUAUACCGUGAAGGACAUUUGUCAAUCCACCUGGUUUGCAGAUUUGGCGUUUGAAUACAAGAGUUCCAGCAUUGGCUCUGAGAUCCUGAAGAUAAUCAAAACAUUGAACAAUUAG